AAAAAAUCUGCUAAACAUUUACUUAGGUUAUUGAGGACCUGAUGGCUUCGAUGCAUCUUCCAAGAACACAGGAUCUCACUUGGUUCCAGUUAAUCACCAACUGCAUCAUUAUACACUCUGUCUUCCUAGCAUCUGUAGAGUCGUUAAACUGUUCUGAACCAACAACAAAAGCACUCCUUACUGCCAUGAGAGAGGAAGUCAUCUUCUACAGCGAUGCAAGGCCAGUUAUAAGUCUGAGUACUCCGACCAAUGUCACUGUGGACUUGACUCUCUAUGGCAUCUUAGGAGUGAAUGAAAAAGCACAGGUGUUGGAAACAUAUCUGUGGGUGAGGAUGAGGUGGCAGAUUGAAGGUUUGAGCUGGGAUGCUGCUGAGUGUGGAACGAAAAAGAUCUCACUACCAAGAGAUAAGAUAUGGAUUCCAGACAUUGUCAUCAAUGAAUUCAUGGAUGAAAACCGAGCACCAGAAACAUAUUACGUCUAUGUGACCAACACUGGUACAGUACUUGACGGACGGCCGUUUCAUGUGAUCAGCUCCUGCAGACUGGACAUCUACACCUUUCCAUUUGAUUUUCAGAACUGUACCUACACUUUCAACUCUUACAAACACUCCCGUGAUGAUGUUCAGUUGUUCUUCCUUCUGCCAGUGGAGCAGAUAUUCAAAAAUUCUCUUGAAGCAAUAACAACUAAAGGAGAAUGGGAGUUGAUAGACAUGCGGGCAGAAAAACCUUUACUGCUUUUUCUGGAUGGGGGAUGGGAUAACCUCAUUGUUUAUGUUGGUGGCAUUUUAGAUUUAGGGGGGAAUUCACUAAGAAUAGCAGCAUUGCUGCACCAUUGUUAUCCAGACACCAACAAAAAGGCUAAAAGUGUGUUUGACUACACCAGGGGUGUCCAAUCUUGCUCCUGGAAGUCCAACAUCCUGCAGAGUUUAAACAGCUCCAACACACUUGUCUGCAAGUUUCUAAUUGUGCUGAGACGUCGAGCUACUCUGUAUGUGGUGAACCUCCUGAUUCCCAGCAGCUUCCUGCUUUCUUUGGAUCUUUUCAGCUUCCUGCUUCCUCCUCAAAGCGUGGACCGUGCUUCCUUCAAAAUGACCCUCAUCUUGGGUUACACCGUCUUCCUGCUGCUAAUGAACGACCUGCUGCCCGUCACAGGAAAUAACUUACCACUCAUAAAUGUGUUUUUCUCGCUUUGCCUGGCCUUGAUGGUAGCAAGUCUGCUUGAGACUAUCUUCAUCACCAAUAUUCUGUAUGGUUCCCGUGACUUGCCUCCCUUACCUAAGUGGCUCAGGAUUCUGGUUCUGAAAUAUUUUGCUCGAAUUGCUUGUAUGAAGAAACCUUGCGAUAGACACCUUGAAGGAGAAAACAGAUCUGAGAGCAUUUUCUACAAAAACCCCAUGACUGAUAAUGCCAUGACUGAUAUUCCAAAGAAAGAACUAGUUGGUGCAAGUUCAGUGAGAGUCUGGGAUCAAUGUUUUGAUGAAAUGAAAAAGAUGAGUCAGGAUUUAUUGGCCAUCCGUCAUCAAGUUGAAGAGCACUUGAAUAAUGACAACAAAACAGAUGAUUGGAUGAUGUUUGGUCAGGUCAUUGACCGUGUACUCUUUAUAAUGUACAGUCUUUUCAUUGUUGUGAGUUUAAGCACAAUUAUGGUUCUGUGGCUGUACUCGUAUAGUCUAGACAAAAGGUCGUAAAUUAUUGUUGCCUCCGUUGUAGAUUGAAGACACCAAAUCUCUGAUGAUGUCAGUCGGGGCAUGAUUUAUUACUGAUGCCAUGCAAAGAAUCGUCAACAAAACACUGUAGCUUUAUACUCUUCAUUGGCAAAUACUAUUUAUUUACCAAAAAUGAAAUUUUUUCCGUCAUCAUUUUCUCACCCUCAAGUUUUUUCAGAUAUUUUUAAGAUCUAUUACCACUGACUUUAUGCAAAAAAGGCAACG